AUGGCGCGGAAAGGAAGGCCAACAAAGAAAGAGGAGGAGAAGAAGAAGAAGAAGGAGGAGGAGUAUGAAGAUGAAGAGGAGGAUCUCCCGACUGAGAUUGAUCCCUACGAGGUGCUCGGGGUAUCGCGUACCGCUACCAGCGCGGAGAUCAAGAAAGCGUAUCGCAGACUUGCACUCGUGCACCACCCCGACAAGCAGCAGCAGCAGCAGCAGCAGCAGCAGCAGCAGAAAGAAGACACGCACAAGAAGUUCCAGGAGCUGGUGUUUGCGUACGGCGUGCUUUCAGAUGAGGUGAAGCGCAAGAGGUAUGAUGCGACCGGCAGCUUAGCGGACGCGGACGCGGAAGGCGUGUUUGGCGAGGACGGGUAUGGGUGGAAGGAGUUUUAUGAUGAUAUGUAUGGCAAGAGCGUGACGCAGGAGAUGAUUGAGGAGGAUAAGCGCGAGUAUCAGGGCUCGGAGGAAGAGAAAGCAGACGUGUUGGAAUACUACACCGCUUCAAAAGGCAGCAUCGACUACAUCUUCGAACACCUCCUGCACUCCUCAAUUCUAGAAGACGAACCCCGCAUCCGCUCGAUCCUCGACGCCGCGCUUGCCGCAGGCGAAAUCAGGCCCUACAAAGCCUACACGAGCGAGAGCACCUCGACGCACGCGAAACGGCGGCGGGCGGCCGAGGCGGAGAAAGAGGAGGCGGAGCAGAUGGCGGACGAGAUUCUGAAGACGAAAGAGGAGCGGAAGAAGUUGAAGAGCGGGAGCGAGGACGAUUUGGCGGCGUUGAUUCGGAUGAGGAAUCAGAAUCGGAUGGGCUCGUUUCUUGAUGAUUUGGAGAAGAAGUAUGCGGGGGGGAAGGAGAGUAAGGCGAAGAAGGGGGGAAGGGGAAGAAGAGGAAGAGUGAGGAGAGUGAGAUUAGUGAGGAGGCGUUUCAGGCGGCGCAGAGUAAGAUUUUGAAAGGGAAGAAGAGACAUUGAUUGUUAUGUAAAAAAUUCAGCGAUUUAUUAUAAGU